AGAAAGAAAGAAAAAGGACAAUAAAACCUCCUCCUGGGCCCCAGAGAAGCGGUUUAGCUAGCUAGUGUGAAGUGCCAGCUAUUGUCACCUUAGCACAGGAUGUCUGCCUCCAUUCAGCAGAGCACAUCCUCAUCCACACUGUCAAGACUUGAAAGUGAUUGCUAGUUUCCCUGGCAUCUUUCUCUCCUUUUCCUCAGUUCCCAGCCAGACUCUGCAGCGUCUGGGCACUUAAACAUCUAACAGUUUCAUUCCAGAUUUCCAUUAGAGGUCCUGCCAGCCCUCAGUAUGAGUCAGCUGAUACCACAUGAAGGCUUACUGUGAUUAGGGAGUGAAAUGGGAGCAGACCUCGCAUUUGUAACUCAGCAGUUUUUCAGCAUGUGGAUAGCCUCUGGAGGGGAUUUCACUCGUCACUGCUUCCUUAAUAGCUUCUUUAUUUCUAAGUUGGUUUUAGUGCAGGUCCUGGUGGAUGGAGCUCCAGUCCGGAUCCAGCUGUGGGACACUGCUGGCCAGGAGGAUUUUGACUGUUUGCGCUCACUUUGUUACCCAGACACUGAUGUCUUCCUUGUCUGCUUCAGUGUGGUAAACCCGAGCUCCUUCCAAAACAUUACAGAGAAAUGGAUCCCUGAGAUACGAACUCACAACCCCCGGGCUCCAGUGCUCCUAGUGGGUACACAGGCAGACUUGCGGGAUGAUGUCAAUGUCCUCAUUAGCCUGGAUCGCUACCACGUGAAGCCCGUGCCCCGGCCUCAGGCAGAAGGUCUAGCAGACAAAAUCCGGGCGGAAGCCUACCUGGAGUGCUCAGCACUGACCCAGAAGAACCUCAAAGAAGUGUUCGACAUGGCCAUUGUCAGUGGUGUUGAGCACAAAGCUCGUCAGGAAAAGAAGAUGACAGCCAAAGGCAUCAAAACUCUCUCCAAGUGCCGCUGGAAGAAGUUCUUCUGCUUUGUCUGAAGCUGCGCUUGGGAAGGGGAGAUAAAAGAAACACGUGAUGCCAGUAUUACUCCACACCUUCUUGGAGUGACUGCUCCUGUGGCCCCAGCGAGGAGGGUAUGAUAAGCUGCUGGGCUUGGAAACCUGGCUCUUGCUGGGUUACAGCAUCCGAUGCCUGGGGAACAUGAACUGUUGUGCUGGGAUGUGGAACGGUCCAGGCAGCUCUACAUACUUGCUGGACAUGCCUGUAGUGUCCCAGGCUAAUGGGAGCCUUUAAUACACCAAAACUUAGUACCGCAGAACAGGCAGGUUCCUUACAUUGACAAAAAUGGCCAUUUUUCUGUCCAAAACACUCUUCUGUAGUCCUGACAGAAAGUGAGGAGGGCAGGGGCAGCUACGGGUGACUGUGUUGUGUUCAAAUACAGGCUGCUGAGACUGUAAAGCAAGACUUGGGUUUCUCUUCUGAUUCUGCUUGCCCAAAUAGGGAGACCCUCUUGGCUGGGAAAAAAAGCAGCACUCUUUCUUUAAAGCCCUGUAUUCAGAGUGCCCUUGAGAAGGUUUUUCCUAAAUAAAGGCCAUUAGCAAGCUGAAGAGAAAAUGCACUGGGAGCUGCAUUGAUUCUUUGAGCAAAAUGUUCUCUGAAGAGAACUCUGGACUCCACUGAGUGCCAGUGCUGUAGCCCCAUUUGAAGAAGCAGUCAUGAAAUUGGGGACCUGUUAUGAAAGGCAUUUGUGUGUGUAGCGAUUGGAGAGAAAGAACAGGUGAGGAGCAGCCAUGCAUGGCUCUAUCUGCCUAGAAGAGAGCAAACUGUGUCAGUGAAAGGUUUGUAAUGCUGCCAAGAGGUGAAAUGUGAAUGGAAAGCCAGCGUACGUUACAAAAGAAAAAGAGAGAAGGUAGAAAAGGAAGGGAAUAAAAGGGAAAAAGGUGAAAGAAGGGAAAAUGGAUAAGGAAGGAAGAGUGUUAAAUGAUUGGUGUGAUUCUGCUUAACCAGUGAAUCCUCCAGGGACUAGUGAUGUCAGUUUCAAUGUAAUGUUGUCCACACUAGAAUUCUGAAUCAAAAGGAGGGAUCUGAAGAGAGAGAGUUCCUCUUGGCCAGUAAAGUUCUCUGUUACAAACCUAGGCAGGAGAAUAGCGUUUUUUACCUCAUGCUGUCCUUCCUGACGUUGCUGAACAGGAAUGGAGGUCUCAGGUCUUCUUUCUGUUGUGCUUUCCUUUCUCAAGGAUCACAGCUUGAUCUGCUGAAACCAAAAGCAAAGGGAACUCGUGAAGUUCCUGUCAGAGACAGACAUUUGCUAUGUUUGCUUCAUUGCCCAUUCCCUGCCAGAACACUGUCUGGGUCCAGCGAGGGAUCCAAAGAAAUUGAGAGAGCACAAAGACAGCAGCUAGAGGUGAGGUGUCCUACACAUCUCUAGACACUUAUUGAACAAAGCUCUCAGUAACCAUAUAUCCCUGUAUGCAUCUCUUACCUGUACAGGCACCUGUGCUUCAGUUUGCCUGUUGGGUCUGUAUGCAUUUCUUUAACCUGUGAAAGCAAGGAUUCAGAUGUGAUCUGCUGCACUGUCCUUGUACAAAGCUAACCCACAGGUACAAAGAACAGCAGCUUUGCCCCAUGCUGGGGAGAGCAAGCAAACAUUGUACUGCAGUAACUUGGUAUAAACAGGGAUUCUUUCAUUCUGGAAAAGAAACUGUACUGAGAGCUGCUUUCUUCCUCUGUGUGUCAAAUAUUUGUUUAAAUAAACGUAUUUUUUAAAUGUC